GGGUCCUGAAGGUGUAACGCGGCGACGGACGCGCUCGGAGCAUGAGCUCAGUCCACCGGCGGUUUACCGACAGCGAUCGAGCAUGGUGGAGCACGGCGGCACCGACAGCAUGUGGCUGAACAAGUACAACCCCGCGGCGGCCUCCAGCGCCUCCUCGUCGUCCUCCUCGGACGCGGAAAACAAACUUUUCUCCAGGCUGAAGGUGAGUCUGACCAAGAAGUACCCGCAGAAGAACGCGGAGCUGCUGAGCGCGCAGUACGGCACCAACCUGCUGCUGCUCGGGGUGUCGGUGAUGCUGGCGCUGGCGGCGCAGAGCGGCCCGGUGAAGGAGGAGCACCUGCUGAGCUUCAUCACGGUGCUGAUGCUGGUGCAGCUCGUCUGGAUGCUCUGCUACAUGAUCCGGAGGGAGCGCGAGCGCAGCCCGGUGCCGGAGAGAGACGCGCACGCGGGCGCCAGCUGGAUCCGAGGUGGUCUGACCAUGCUGGCUCUGCUGUCCCUCAUCAUGGACGCUUUCCGCAUCGGGUAUUUCGUGGGCUAUCACUCCUGCAUCUCGGCUGCGCUCGGGGUCUACCCCAUCGUGCACGCGCUGCACACCAUCUCUCAGGUAAGGUUUGGAGUGAUUCAUGCAGUCUUCACUAAUCUGCUGCUGUGGUGUAACGGUGUGAUGUCAGAGACUGAACACUUCAUGCACAACCACAGGAGACGGCUGAUCGAGAUGGGAUACGCAAACCUGUCCACCGGUGAUGUGAAGUCUCCGAGCUUCAGCUGGACCAGCCUGACCUACUCGCUGCUGCUGGUGCUGGAGAAGUGCAUCCAGAACCUGUUCAUCGUGGAGUCGCUGUACCGCCGCCACAGCGAGGAGGAGGAGGACGCCGCCGCACCGCAGGUCUUCUCCGUCGCUGUGCCUCCUUAUGACGGCAUCCUCAACCACGGAUACGAGGCGCACGAUAAACACCGCGAGGCCGAACCCGCCGCCGGCAGCCACGCCCUCAGCAGGAAACAGCCCGACGCUCCACUUCCUGCAGGACAGCGGCUGGACGUGACGCCCGGACGCAAGCGGCAGAUCCUCAAGAACAUCUGCAUGUUCCUCUUCAUGUGCAACAUCUCGCUGUGGAUCCUCCCGGCGUUCGGCUGCCGACCGCAGUACGAUAACCCUCUGGAGAACGAGACCUUCGGCACCAGCGUCUGGACCACCGUGCUGAACGUGGCCAUCCCGCUCAACCUGUUCUACCGCAUGCACUCGGUGGCGUCGCUCUUCGAGGUCUUCCGGAAGGUCUGAAGAUCCUCCAAACUGAAGACGCUCUCAGGCCUGAGGACUCUGUUUACACUCGCAUGGAUGAUGUUCUCCAGAUCCUGUUCUCCACUCGCACCCUUGAAGCCCGCCGGACGCUCUAGAUUCUCUUUCAGCAGAAUGAAUAGAACUGAAGUAGAACUGAAGUCAGAGGAGUUUCGCUCCUGAAGAUGCCAAAAUGACUGGAGAGAUUCUCACUGUUUUCUGAAGUAAAGUUCGAGGUAAAGUCAGAGAAAUAAAUGUAUUUUCCUUUUGAAUAAAAUCUUUUUUGUACUC